AUGGCUCUCCACAAGAUAACCCUUGGACAAUGCGACCCCAGCGCGCAGUUCUACUCUAGGAACCCAGAACAAUCCUGCACCAUGCCCAUGUGCGGCAACAACACCAACAUCAUGAAAGCAUGCUGCGAUGGUCACCCGAUAAUCCCCUACACCCACCCUCUCGAUGAGCCAGGAAACUACACUCGUGGAGGAGCUUGGUGCCAAUUGGGUGACAAAGGAGCCAACGAUUGGAUCGACUGCGUGUUAAGGUUGGGAGCCGAGGCGCCCUUCAAAUGUCAAGGGCCACUUGGAGAUAGCGAAAUCAACCUGAACAAGACCAUGGAGAGCGCUCCGAAGAAUGAGACUACAGAGGACUCGAACAUCCAGAACAAUGGAACAGCACUGGACUCGAACACGUCAAACAAUGGCACAUCAGACCAUCUGGACGAGAUUCCACUCUGCAGCGGAUCCACUCCCUUUUAUAUCUCCGGCACCGCAAACUCUUGCUCUAUGCCCGUUUGUGGCAACAACUCAGCAAUCAUGCAGUACUGCUGCCGUGACAACCCUGUUGUGCCCUACUCUGCAGACGGCAAGGAACACCCCUAUCAUCUCUACGAAGGAUCCUAUUGCUCAAUGGGAAACAUGACGAUCGAUGACUGGAUGAGCUGUGUCAAGUUCACUGGUGCUGUUAGGCCUUGGUCAUGCUCUUGGCCGGUCAACAGCACGACAGACGACUCUGGCGCGAAAGACAACGGAACGACAGACGAUUCGAGCGCGGCGAACAAUAUGACGUCUGAAAACUCGGGCGUCGCGCGCUAUCCUGGUGGAUGGAAGAGUGUAGCGAUGGGGUAUUCAAUGAUGGGACUAUUGCUUUCCAUUGCCGUAACAUUGUAAGAUCACAAACAGCGCUCGAACAUCGGCAGGAGACACGAAGUACACCGUCAACAUCGAUAGUAGGACGAGUACCUCAAAGCACAAAGCCGAAGCCUUGCUGCCUCAGUCCUCAGGGGGGAAGCCGCCAACCAACCAAAAUCAACUCAAUCAAACUUCCCUUCCCGCCACCGAC